AUGGCGGGCCGGAGGCUGGACAUGAUGGCAAGUUCGGCUGCGCAGGUCAUCAAGGAGAUUCGGAUCCACCUUUGCCAGUGCUCGCCAAGCAGCCAGGAUAUCAGAGACUUCAUUGAAAAACAGUAUUUUCCACUGAAGAAGGAAAAUCCAGAUUUCCCUAUUCUGAUCAGAGAGUGCUCAGACGCGCAGCCCAAGCUAUGGGCUCGAUAUGAAUUUGUCAGAGAGAAAUGUGUACAGCUGAACAAUUUGAAGAUAGACCAAGUUGCCAAAGCAUUUAGACACUGUUAUAAAUAACAAAGCUUAAAGAUAACGCGUGGUACCCGCAUUCAAGAAUCUUAAUCCAGUUGUGAAGCAUGUAUGGAUGUAACUUAUUAAACUGCAUAUA